UCGUAUCAAGGUGUUUUAAAUCGCAAUAUGGUAUCGGUCCAUAGGUCUUGCCACCCGGCCUAGACCCAGAGCUAACGUUCCUGGACCCUGCUCACUCGCUGUAAAAUACUCGGUCGCUCGGUCGGUCUAUUUAAAAUAUCUUGGUGUACGCAGUUGACGCAGUUGCCGCAACUGCAGCCGGUUUGCCGAAGCCUUCAAGCCUGCCACACACAGCACGCGUUAUUUGCGGCUGCAUUGUGAUUUGGUACAAAAUCGGCCGCAACUGCAGCAUCAGCAAGCGGUCUGGAGGGUCUCAUUGGAUCACGUGUUUGACAAGCCAGAAAGGAAUCCGCAGUUGCCGUAUCUGCCGCAUCUGCCGCAAGUAACGCGUGGUAUGUGUGGCUGGCUUUAGCAGAAUUCCAUUCUCAUUUGACAGGUCGCGGCGAAACGUUCACUACGCUACGCAUUCAGUUUGUACUGCCUUAAACGCUAUGCGAGUAGUGCUUAGGAAUUGUACACAUGUAAACAUUUAGAAAGUUCGCUCGUUUCAUCCCAAAAUCGGGUUAUCGUCAAAAUACUCUUGCAUGAUUAUUCAUCAAAUACAGAUUCUGUGUCUGUUCUUAGUUAAAUUCAAAGGCUACUAAGGUUCGUGAUAUUUGAAGUACCGUUUGCAUCAGACACCGGAAUAAUGAUGCAGUUCACCAACGGAGGCGAGUGCUCCGAUAUGGUUACAAUUAAUAUUUCCAACUCGCACAAUACGACGGUCUCGUUCGAACGCAAGUACAGCCAUUCGUUGACCAUCUGUGAGUUUAAGGCGAAACUAGAAACGAUAACCGGUGGCUGCGCGGCUACGAUGCAGCUGGAGCUUUACAGUGGCAAUCGAUUGAUAGCGAAGCUCGACGACAACGAACGCUCACUUGGUUCAUAUGCAGUCGAGGAUGGCAUGCGCGUACAUGUGAUCGACAAUUUUCAAUUCAUGCAGGAGAAUGUGUCGAAGUUUGAGCUCAGCCAGGAAGAGUAUGAUAAGAAGACUGAUAGUGUGAGGAGUUUCCUGCGGAAAAAUAGGCUCGGCAAAUACAACGAGGAAGAGAUGGUCAAGUUGGAGCUGGAACGCAAGCGGCAGGAGGAAGAAGAUCGCCAGAAAUUGGACGAAAUGGCCAUCGGAUCGAGAUGCCGCGUCACCACCAAAGGUCAGCCUGUGCGACUCGGAACGAUCAUGUAUAAGGGUCCACUCGACGGCAAACCGGGCAUGUUCGUUGGUGUCAGGUUCGACGAACCGCUGGGCGUAAACGAUGGCAGCGCUAACGGCAAACGUUACUUCCAGUGUGAUCCCAAGUAUGGUAGCUUUGUGACUGUAAAGGCGAUAGAAGUCGGAGAUUUUCCACCGGAGGAGUUCGACGAUGAACUUUAAUAGAAAGACCACUGUUUUUCUUGCAUUAUUUCUGCAUUUUCUUCGAAGUUUCUUCCGUCUUACGCUUCUUACACAACGCUUCUUACGAAAGCAAUGCGUCGUUUUCGGCAAAAAAAUUAAUAAUAACUGACCGGCACAGUUGUCAUCUAUAGAGUUUUUCACAAAUUUGUUCUUUUUCACGGUUUGAUUUAGCGUUCAUUCCUAUGAUUUCAUUUAAACUAUUGAUAAUCCGCAUUUUUGUUUACACAAUUUAAAAUUAAUGUAAUUUUUAAAAAAUCUAUAUUGAGCUUAGACUUCAAAACUACAGACACGAUUGGAGUGUAAUUUAAUAUGCGAAGAUUUUUGAAACUGGAAAAGUAAUGAGUGUUUGGAGUUUUAUUCCAAACACAGAAUGUUUGCUUUGAAUGUUCGAAACAGAAAAUGUUUGGAUCUAGGAGUUUCCUAUUUCUAAUUGCCAAUCUAUGAACAAAUGGUAGUAAAAGGAAUGUUGAAAAAAGCGUUUUUCGUCAACCGGAACAUAACACUAUUAAUCCGUUACUAUUGGUGCGCUAUAACAUAUGAUACAUUGGAAAAGAAAAGACAUUUAUAAAAUAUUUCGUGCUGGCCUUUGGUUGUAACGUGAAAAAGUUUUGGCAACGCAAACACAGUAGCAAACAGCUGCAAUGAAAUAGAUCAAUCACGGUUUAAACACCAACAAAGAAACACAUACAAACAAACAUUCUUUUUAUUUAAAACAAUAUUCAACUGUUAACUUAGAA